CGGGGACAGCGAGGACCGAGGCAGCCGAGGCCGAGGUGGCGGAAUGAGCACGGGCCGCGGAGCAGGCCAUAGGGUAAGAGGCCCGGCGGCACCAUGAUGCCCCGGGGGUCCUCCGCCGGACGGUGCUGACUAAAGGGGGUCCGGCCCCCCCUCCCGCCUCUCGGGGCGCUGAAGGGCACGGAAGCAGCGUUGUUAGUGACAGAAACACCCACAGACAUCCAGGCGAUCAGGCUCCCACGUCACUGGUAGAAAACAGCUUCUCAGAGUCCUGGCUCCAGGGGAAAGUGGCUCCCUUUCAACUUCCAUCUGCAGGGGACCCCAACUUCUCUCCUCGGAGAGGACGACGCGCCUUGUCGGCAUAUGCCUUUCGUCGGCCUUGAUCCACUUGUCAGCGAAGGGAGACCCGGUUUAUGGUACCAAACGGAAUUCUUUAUCCUAAGGAGCAUUUCAGGGGUAACCCUCAAACGACCCCCUACUUUGGUCAGCGACUUCCAAGUGAAGAAGGAGAUUCUCAACUUCCCUCAAAGUGACAGAGAAGAGGCCUCUUCUCCAAAUUCCCUCAUGGAAGAAUUGGCUACUGUGUCUGAAUGUCCCUUAUGGAGGGACUGGCUGCAGAAUCUGAGUCUUUGGAAAAAGAAAGCCCUUUUCUCAAGGUGAAAGGAGUGCUGUGAACUUCUCAGGGCCUGAUCAUCCUUGGUAAGCCAUUGGUGUCAAAGACCUGACUCUAUAAUCUCCAUCUACCCUAAUGCUGUCAUCUGGAGUAGAGACUCAGCCAAUUGCACUUGACUCCUCCAUGCCUGCUGUGGUACAGGAAUUAUACUCUGAACUCUCAGUAAAUGUCUCCAAAGAGCUUCAUGCUGAGCAGGAGCCAAGUAUGAUUCCAGAUGUGAAACCUGGAGCCUCAAGCUCUCAUAUGAGGCAUGGUAGGGCAUCACCCCUGGAGCCGCAGAGGACUCAUUUGGAAGGUUGCUAUGAAGAAACCUCUGAGACCUUGGAGUAUGGGGGCAAGACUGGACCAGUGGACCCUGCAGCAAGAGGUCCUAUGGCUUUUGAGAUGUUGGAUAGGGAAGAGAAACCCAAGAAGAGCAUGGAGCCAAAGGUUUUCAGAGAUGAAGGAGACCAGGCGGAAGAUUUCAGAGAACCCUGUGAGGAGGCAAAGGAAGACCCAUGCCAACAUUCCACAGCCACUAAAGAAAAGACCUGCCCUGGUCAGGAUGUCCUGAUGCAGUCCAGAAAAGAGCCUGUAUGUACAGACCUCCUCCCUGGAGAUCUGCUCAAGAACAAAGAAAAUGUAUACAAUACAACUGGAAUUCUCCCAGGAUCCACUGAAGACAUACAAGGGAACUGUGCCAUUUCCAAAAUGAGCAAAGAGAAGGAAGAGCUGUGUGACUUAAACCUUGUCUGUGAAGAAGAUGACAGUCACCAGCAGGGGCUCAGCCAACAUAAGGACAGAUGCAGUUCUGCACAUGAUAGUCCCACUGCUACAGGAAGCAUAGAUUCUAUAAAACCCUUAGAAGAAAAUUCUAAAAUUUUAUGUCUCACAUCGUAUUUAUCUGACCCAAGAUCCUUAGAAAAAUGUGGUUUUGAAAGCAAUGGUUUGAUAAAGGAAUCUGCUGAAAAAACACACAAUGUUGAUCAAAGCAAGGACUUCACUUAUAGAAAAGAAAGUAAAGAGCAGUAUUGGAGGCCCAAGAGUGAAAGAGGAGGUCUCUUGCUUUUCAAUGUCAGGCAACAAGAACUGGAUACCAGUGGGGAUGGUUCUGGCAAAAAACAGACUGUGGAGUCCAGUGACCACAGCAACUGUCGCACUCAAUCCAGUUGUUGCUCUACAGAAAACUAUAGUUUCAUGCCUGAUUCUUCUACUGAAGCCACAGAAGUCAUGCUUAAAAAAAAUGAUCUGAAAAUUAUUUCAAACUCUGAGGACCAUAGAAAAACUGUCACUGAUGUGCACCAUCCUGGGAGACAUUCUGAGGAAAGCAGCUUUUCCUUGUUGGUGCAUAUUGAAGAGUCAGGACAAACAACAGUAAAGUCCAGUGCAGUUAAGGAGGAGAUUGACAGUGCAGACUCUAAGUCUGUAGUCAGCAUCCAGAGAGAUCUGGGUGAUUCUCCACCAAAUAAUUUAUCGUGUACUGAUUUUCUGUCUGAAAGAAAACUCCUUCAGAGUUUGAUAGCAGAAGAUCCAGUAAGUUUUGAACAUAAUGAAAUAUCAAAACCCAAGAAAGGUACUGCAGAAUUACCAUCAUCUCCAGAAAAAUCUGCGCAGACCUUACCUGACAGUGUUUCACAUUUAGAUGAACCGGUCAUUGCCUAUGAGAUGAGUGGACUUUCUUGUAACCGUGAACUGGUUGCACACAAAAUAGAGCAUGAAUGUGUUUCACAUCAACAAGUGUCCCUUAAUUCUCAAGACCAUGUCACAACUGACUCUCUACUAAAUAGAAACAGAAAGAUGCCUUCAGCAACAUGCAAGGAUGCUCAAGAGAGCUGUCCUUCUCUGGAGAAUGGAGCAAAUGUUACCACUGAAACUCAAACCAUUCCUGCUGAGACAAAAAUGGAAGCCAUGUCUCCACAAGGUGACAGAGCCUGUGGUGCCUCUUCAUACAUACAAACCUUAAAUAUCAAAACAAGCCCAGAAGGGCAAAAAAAAAUAACUGGUGUACAUUCCACAUUACUCUCAAGUGUGAAAGAAGCAGCUGGCCUUUCCUUUGUUACAGAAUGUCAAAAUGUUCAGUCUCAGGAGCUCUCCAGCUGUCAUUGUGUAACAAGAAAUGCAUCCAAAAGGAAGAUGCAUUCUGCUUGUACUGCCUUUAAACCUAGAAAAGAUAUCGUGAAAGUCAGCAGCUGUAAGAGAAGAUGUGCAAGUGCAUCUCAGUAUAGCAAUCACUGCUUCCAAAAUUCAGAAGAUUUUGUGGAAAGUAGCACCCUCUUAGAGAGUGAACCUGCUACGAGAGAGACUGAAAGCAUCGUUCUAGGAGGCAAGGUCAGAAAUGAAACAACAGCAGGUGUGUCAGAUACUGGUGCUCUGAACAGAAGUACUCACGUGGAAAUCAGUGAGGAAGGACUGGGUGGGAAGAAACAAGAUAAACACAGAGACGCUGAGAUGUGUGAACACAACACCUCUAAUUGUGACCCACAAGAACUAAGCCAAUCUACAAACAUUCCAAGUCCUGAAACAUUAGUGAACCAGUCCCUGACUGUAAUUUCAUCUCAUUUAAAAACCGUGUACCAAGCAACUGAAAGUCUUGAUCAGAAAGCAGAUGAAGUCUCUGACUGCCAGAGUAACCAAGAUAGUCGAGAUACGUGCAGGAGGGAAGGGAAGCCGGCUAGGAAAGGACUAAGUGCAGACUACCGAGAGACUACUGAGGUAAGCUACAAGGAAAAGGAUCUGAUAGUCAGUUUAGGCAGUAAAGUCCCUCUGUCUUGUGGUAGUUUAAAGAAAAAAGAUCUCAAAAGAACCUUUGAGAAUAUCCCAGGUUCUGAAGAGUUCACACACAGUAUGCUAGAUGUGGUGUGUCCAGACUGCACAGAUGCACCUACAGAGAGGAUGCUGGGUGUGGAAGCAUCUUGUCUGUCUGGCCAUUGUACAAGGCAAGGUAGACUGGCAUCCUGUGAGACCUUAAGGAGCACCUCAUCUCUUCAAGGAGAACUGAAUGUGGCAUUUAUAGAUACUCCUGGCCGGGACUCAGAACUUCCAAAUGCUGCUGCUUCUACAGUAGACUCUUCUGAAAUACAAAAAUUACGCGAGGAAAGAGUAUGCACAUCUCUGAAAGACUGUGAAGUGGAAGAAUGUCCAGACUCUACCGUUGAUCAUGAAGUAGAAUCUGUUGCAGAUCAUGAACCAAACACAGGAGCACUGGAUAGAGGAGGUAUAUCUUUAAAUUAUAUUCAUCGUGAGCAUCAAGGUGAAGGAGGGUCUGUGACAGAAGAACUGAGACUAGAAGCAAAUUCUGAGAUUGGCAAGAAGAAAACCUUUGGGUUAUCUUCAAAUGACUCAGUGUCUUCUAGGUGCCAAGACUCUAUGGAGAUGGUGCAUCCCUGUCUGUCUUCUCAAGAACAUUCACCAGUGGAUGUUCAUGGUGAGCCACAUAACUUGAAACAUCUCUUUAAACCCAAAGAUGGUGGACGGCUUUGUGCAACUGUCAAGACUUGCCCAGUCCUGUCUGACAUGAAGGAAGGAGUACCCAUGGAUUUCAGUAAUCCUAGGGAAGGAGAUGACACAUGCAUCAGUGUGGACAAAAAUGUUUGUGAAGCUUGUCACUCUUAUGAGAGUUCCAUUGAUAAGUAUCUGCCUAUGACAACAGAAACAGCGAUGAAGGUGCAUAGAGAAGAAACUGAAGAACAUCAGAAGGGACCACAGAGUCACUUACCUGUUGGGGAAGAAUCUGCAGAGACCGUUACCAGGAAAGGACAUGAUUGUAAAUUUCCUAAGAGUGCUCAGACCCACUUGAAGUGCCAGAGAGUGCACGAUGUUGCUGAAAACCCACAAAGCCAGAGAAGUGUGGACUGUGCCUUGCCAAAGGAAGAACAUACAUAUCAAAAGGGCACACAUGCGCUGUUGAAGCAACCUGUAGCUGACCGAGAUGAGUCCAUCAUGAUGGAAGUCACCAAGGACAGACUUGUUAAACAGCGUCAGAGGUUGGAAGACCCAAAAGAAAAGAGCAUGCAUCAUCCAUUAAAGAAAGACACUGAGUUAUACACAGGACCCUCUUUUCCUGGUGCCUCCCGGAAAGAACAUGACCUCAGCUCUGCUGGAGGUGAUCAAAUACACGGUGCCUUUGUGACUCUGUCAUAUCAGCAAAGAUUGCUUCCUGUAAAGAAGCAACCUCAUCGAACAUGUAAAAGGAUUUCCUGUCCAGAGCCAGUCACUGUGCGGAGAAAAAUGAGUAAAGUGAGAAAUUCUGAUUGUGGAAAGAGUUUCUCUAACCCGGUCCCCACAAAAGCACACAGACUUCUCAGCCCAUGUGCUGUGCCUGCCAUGCCAUUGGAACCUGAAGCAGUAGCUAGCAAGAGCUUGCAUAGUCACAUACCAAAGCUGAAGGCUACUCUGUGCCAUUCCUUGAGGAGCCUGAGUUGUAGGAAGCCUACCAAAGAAUCAGCCUUAAUAAACAAGCUGUCUGUCCUUGCCUCCAAACUGACUCUGGCGACAAAGCCCCAGAAGCCCAGAUACUGGCGCUGUUCCUCUUCCGUGGUUGCAUUGGCUAAAAACUGCAAGCGCCUCAGAUAUAAAAAGCUCCUAGAUGGACUUUCACAUAAUGCAAUGCGGCUAGACCCAUAUUUGGCAGCUACUGGAUGGAAUAGGCGGUCUAGCAGUAAGUCCUUGGCACUUUAUUCUCUUGAAGCUGUCAAAAUGAGCUUCAUAGAUUUGAGCAACAAGAUGCCAUCCCUGCUCUUUGGUACCGAAUUCCCAUUUUCCUUUCAUGUGAAAUCAGCAUCUAGUUGCAUGGUUGAGUCCUCCAGGACUUUUCCUGAGCACUGUGCUCCAUCGAGGCUUGCCUUAGCAGAGGCCUCCCAGUGCUCAACUCCACCUCCCAAGUGGACCUUCUCUUUUUUUUUAUCCCAUGGUUGCCCUGGGAUGGCCACAUUCAGGGAAGACACUGGCCUCUGUAGUCAGACACACACUCAGGCUCCUCUCCAGACUACAGCUCCUCUCCAGGACAAUGGAGGCACUGCCAUAGUUCAGACCAGAGCAGACUGCUCUGUCCUUGGCCUUCACACACUUCUAGCACUUUGUUCACCAGGAUGUUACCGAAUCUGGACAAAAAAACGGAACUUCUCCAAUCAUAUGCCUAUCAUGCAGAGGCUCUUCUUGACCCAGUUUACACAGGGCUUAAAAGGGUUAAGGUCUCCAGCCUCUGUCGCAGACAACAUCUUCUGUUCUCUGCCCUAUUCGGUGGGCCGGAUGUUGUCCCUUUGGAGCCAGCAUGGACCCUCAUGUACCUUCAAAUUGCCAGCUCUCCAUUCCACUCUCAGCAAGCAGCAGGGGAGCCUGAGCGCCCUGAGCAGCCACACCACCACACCACAUGUGCCUCUUCCUGGCAUGGAUGCUCUCCACGACGCCAACAGCAGCCACAUGAGGCUAGAGCCUGUGUUUCCUGCCUUGGUGCCAAAGUCUUGCUUGGUAACAGAGCCUGCUGUUAGCACGCUCCUGCUCACAGCCGCUGAGCUCCAGAUUCCUGGGUUUGAUAAGCUGGAUGGUGUGUUGGCAGCUUGCCCCCGACCACAGAGCAGCCCUGUGCAGCAAAAAGAGGCUGAGCCAGAGAAGAGACCAAAGAAAGUCUCACAGAUCCGCAUCCGGAAAACCAUUCCUAAGCCAGAUCCCAACCUUACCCCAAUGGGCCUGCCUCGGCCCAAAAGGUUGAAGAAGAAGGAGUUUAGUUUAGAAGAAAUAUAUACAAACAAGAACUACAAGUCUCCUCCUGCGAACAGGUGUUUAGAAACCAUCUUUGAGGAACCCAAAGAACGAAAUGGUACACUGAUCUCUGUCAGCCAGCAGAAAAGGAAGCGUGUUCUGGAGUUCCAGGACUUCACAGUCCCCCGGAAGAGACGAGCGCGGGGUAAAGUGAAACUGUCAGGCAGCUUCACAAGGGCCCAGAAGGCGGCUCUGCAGACUCGAGAGCUGGAUGCUCUUUUGAUUCAGAAGCUGAUGGAACUGGAGACUUUCUUUGCCAAGGAGGAGGAACAAGAGCAGUCAGGCAGCUGCUGAGCACAGUUCGGGGUCUCCAUUGAGAAUCCUUGCAGACCUUCCUGAAAGAGGUUCCCUGGUUUUGCCCUGUGCCCAAACCACUCACGAUGUCCGUGAAUUUUUACUUAUUUCAAGGUGCAGGCUUUUUAGAAGCUGGUGAAGAAGGGUCCUCGAAUUCUCCUGCUGAGUAUAGAGCCUCAGGAAUGCUCCCUCCCUCCUGGGAAUGGUCCUGAGUGACAUCAGGCCACCUCUUUCCCGUCUCUCCCAUCACAGGUGGAAAAGCCACACAUCUUAAGGAACACUAGGAACCCAAGGACUCGGUGUUUGUGCGUCCACAUGAAAGUUCCUCUCUGUUUAUGGUGCUGCUUGCCCAACAUGACUUAGAAACCUGGCCUGGGGGAGGACCUGGCCAUCUGUCCCGUGUUCUCACCAGCUUGUUUGGUGAUGGAGAGAGAUGAACUGGUGUGUUUCCUGCUCUUUGAUUUUUGUCUGCCCAGGACCUUUAGUCUGAGGGAAUGUGUGUUUCUGUGUGUUUGUGGCUUUUUUCCCUGUCUUUUCUCACAUCUGUGACUGUGAGUCACUAGUGCCAGAGGAGCCCGUCCAGGCCCCAACGUAAGUUGCACUUUUUAAUGUUGUGGUGUUGAUUAUUUUCAUCUUUUUUUGUGUUUGUAUUAUUGCUGCAUGUUUGGGGUCUCUAAAUGUGAUUUUUAGAACACGUUGUAAGACAUUAAGGAGAAAGACAACACGUGUCUUAAGAGACUGUGUGACAGGCUUUGAUUGGCACAUGGAGGGAGCAUUCCCCCACACGUGCUUCAGGCAGCCCCUUCCCAUGUGCAGCUUGUCAUGGAACUCACUAAAGGAAGCGCCUUUCCGCCCUUCUUCUCAGUCCUGACCAUUGAUUACACGUAUGUUUAGUGACACACGUAAAAGCAGAUUUCUCUCAUAACCAUUUAAAAAAUGAUUAAUGAUGAGUGUGGUUUUCUCUGGAAUGUUCUAUGACAAAGUUAGGAACAAUGGCGAUGGAGCAUUCGCAGCUGCUUGCGUGCCUGGUUCUGCAAGAUCCCAGAGCCAGCACUCUCUGAAAGUGCCCCAGUCCCUUUUCAGGCCUAUUUGAAACGUUUGCAUGCUACAAGUAGUGCAGUCUCUAGGUUUGUACUCAGAGGAGUCUGUGGGUGGCAGGCUGCAGUGUCUGAGCAGCAGCCUCACAGAACUCGCCUUCCCCCUGUGUCUGCACUGUGCUCCCUCCU